AUGUAACAUCAAAGUUACUGAUAAACUGAAACAAUAAAGUUAAUGAUGAACUGUAACAUUCAAGUUACUGGUGAACUGUAUUGUUCAACUUUCUGACAAACUGUAACAUUCAAGGGACUAAAAAACUGUAACAUUCAAGUUAUUGAUAAUCUGUAACAUCCAACAUUAACUGUAACACUGAAGUUACCGAUAAACUGUAACAUUCAAGCCACUGAUAAAUUAGAAUGUUUAAGUUACUGAAAGUCGGUAAAAGUAGUUAAGUAAGGCUUGGAAGUCAUAUUUGAGGUUCAGUAUUCCCAGAAAUAUAAUUUUGAGAUCCAAAUGAUGGAAUGGCUCCAACAGAGGUGAAAUUGUUAAUUAUUGGCCCUAAAUAAUACAGUCUUUGGUCAACAUUUCACAAACUUUAAAGGCUGCUAACAUAAGUACAUUCUGAUCUGUGGCAAGUAUGGUAAGUCAAGGCUGCAGUAAUGGUGAUGUGGAUUAAUUCAUACAAAAACGUGUGCAUAUUAUAUGGAAGGUUAUAUAUUGUCAUUACAUGUGCAAUGUUUUAAAGUAUGGGAAUAUUUCGUAAACCAAGAACAGCCUCAUAUGCAGUUAAAUUUCAACAUGAAACAAGUUCUUGGCUUCACCCGUAAACAAGGAUAACUCGAAUUUUAGGGCAUAACUGUAUGCUACAAAGCCAUCCAUGCUGUCGAGCAAAAAAAGCCCAACCAGGGACGGGAGCUGAAAAAGACCUUAAUUUUAUACACUAUAUAUAAUACAUCAGAUAUGUUAUAUGUUAAUUGCAUGGUCCCUGACCAAAUAAAUGAAUAAAUAAAAUAAAAUAAAAUAAAACAAAUAUAAUUGCAGCUUUGGCUGUUAUCUGUAGCACAGAAUAAAGUGGUAUUCCUAUAGCAAAAUAGUGAAGUGAAACAGAACUAUGCAAGUAAAUUACAAUUAGGCCUAGUUAUACAGUGCUUGAGUACUGUGAAAGUAAAUUACAAUUGCUUUUACAGUACUUCUAUCACUCUAUGUAUGGUUCUUUUAUAUUUCCACAUGCACAUCUUACUGAAGGACAAAGUAAUCAAGAUAAAUGCUGUAAUGUGCUUUUUAUUACUCACAGAUCCAUCUCUAAACCCCAAAACUCCGAAAAUCACUUAAAAGCACCUAAACGGUCAGUGUUCCGAUUUUUUCCGUAGCACCUGAAAGCAUCGCGAAUGUUUACGUUCAAUGUGAAUCUCGUAAUCUGAUUGGUCCGCCGUGACUUUGACGCGGGAAAACUGGAGCGAACUUGGGUGACUAACUAGUCUUUGCAUUUUUUCCCAUCAGUCCAGUUCUUAAAACUUUAACUUUUUACCUUAAGUGCUUCAUAUACAUACAAAGGUAAAACAAAAUGUUUUACUACCCGAAUGUCCUCCAGCGUCAUACUGGAUGUUUUUCCACAAUUUGGUUAGCAGCUACUAAAGCUGUCAAGGUCACUCGCAGAGAGCUUCUCAGAGUCAAUAUCAACCGAACCUGUAUGGACAUCGUGGACUAUGUGACCGCACAGGUUCCUCCACCGCAACCCAACCUGCCCAAGCCUCGCUUCAGUCUCUACCUGUCGUCCCAGCUGCAGUAUGGAGUGGUUGUCGUCUACCACCGGCAGUGCGGUAUCCUGCUCGAGGAUGUCCAACAAACCAUUGACCGUCUGCUGCGCUCUAAGGGAGGCAUACAGAUUGACAUGGCUGGCUCUGACAGGAUUUUUUUGGAUAUUCCAGAUGACCUGCACAAGAUGACGACGGCUGAGGGAGCUCCGGAUCCCUUCUUCGGUCUGAUGGAAUUGUACAAACUCCCCAGCCCGUAUAAAUUACACCAGACACAGUUUGUGAUUGAAGAGGCGGGUUCACAGCACUCCCUGGUGCCCAGUCCCCACACCACACUUUACCAGGAUGCUUUCAGGGCGUCUCCGAGUGCCAUCACUAUGACAGAGAAGGAGCAGUUCGUCAUCGCCGCUGCUGAGCAGUACUUUGAGGGCGACGACCUUCCUGAAGCCACAGACAGAGAGAUUCAAUUGUUGAUGGAGCAACCAGACCAGUUCCAUAGCGAAGCGGAGGGGAGACAAACAGAGAGGAGCAGGAAACCUGAGGGAGCCAUGUCUUCUGUUGACCGGCUGAAGGAGUCGGUGUUGGGGACGGAGCAGGACAGUGUGUGGCUGCUGGACGAGGAGUCGGGUCGGCCCGUACAGGUUCUGCUGACGGCUGCUGCCCUGGAGAUGACCCCUGUGCGUGUUGCCAUGCCAACGCCAUCCUCCAGAGCAUCCAACGAAGCUGGAGUCAGAGGGACAGAAACCCCCUGUGAGGAGGUGAGACGUGGGUGGUAUGUUCCUCCUUUCAGGAAGCGAGGUGGGCGAGGCAAGCGUCAGCUGGUUUUCGCCGACCCUGAGGUGCAGAUAUCUGACAGAGCAAUGAAGGAGCAGAGAAACCCGCUGGCAGAGACACAGGACCUGUCGAAGGUGCUGCUGGACCCGCCAUCUCUGACCAAGCGUGUAACUCCUGCCCACAGCUCUUCAGGCGCCCCCUGUGGAUCCCUCCUCAACGCUGACCUCAUGUCACUAUGGAAACAGCAGGCCUCCGUCACCGUCCUGCCUGAACAUGGGGACAGACAGAGAGGAGAGGAGGAAGAGGAAGAAGACGAGGCGAGAGGGGAGUCAGAGCAGAACAGCGAGAUACUGAGGACAGAGAGGAAGAGGAGCGCUCAGGCGUGAAGGAGGUGGAUAUCCAGUGAGUCCGGGCUGCUACCUGCCGAAGGCUCAUCUGCAUUAGAUGUGAUCCUGGACAUGUAAGAAGAUAAGUCUGCAAGCGAUGUGAUUACUCCUGUCAGCAGAUGGUCUCCACAGGAAGAAAUCCAGCCACCAAUGGAGCCUAUAGCCGAGGAAAACAUUGAGCUGCCUGAAGCUCUGACUGACACAGAGAACAGGAACAUGCUGAGAUUGAUGAGCUCCAGCCUGCAGAGGUUUGGAGAAGCCACCUUUGACUCUCUGCUGCCCCCAGCGGCCCACCGCUCCACUGCAGCUCACACUCUUUACAAACUGCUGGAGCUGCUGUCUGCUGGACAGGCGACUGCACAUCAGGCUGAACCGUACAGAGGCAUCAGCAUAAAGCCUGCAGAGCUCGGUGUGGAUCUCUGAACACCCACAGCGUUAAACUCAAGUCCCACAGAGUUACAGUUUUUAGUCACUCUCAAUAGAUAAUCAAUCUUUCACUUUUUAUCACCAACACAUCAUCAGUUAUCAUUGUGUUUUUAUGCAUAUUUUAAAAAAAUAUUCAGGAGUAAAGCAUUAAACUGUGCUAAUUGUAUUUUAAAGAAGAGUUAAAAGGUUUUUUUUACAAUUUAAAUCUUGCUGGUUGUAUUUUUAAACAGUUUGUUAGUGUUACUGAAGUCUGAAACAGCAGGUUUUGUUAAGGAGUUUCUAUGUUUGUUUGGACUUUUGUCCUUUAAAAUGAUUUUAAACUUCAGUUUUUAUACUAGUUUGUAUCUGCUACAUGGAUAUUUUUCUUUUUAAGUACUUAAACUUUUAAUAAACUGUUAUUUAC